UCCACCGUCUCUGUCUGUAUCUUUCUCAAACUCACACAUACACAGUCUGUAACGCUUGGAAAAUGCAAGCACCGAGUUUUUCACACCGCCUAUCACCGUCGAACCACUGGCUGUCUCUGGUCACUGGCAUUUCGAGUAGAAGAAGCUCAAGCUCGUUUGUUUCCUUUGGGUUCCGUACAUUCCAAUGCUGCUCCAUCCACUCUCCAUCUUUGGUUUCGGAUGAGAAGAGGUUCAUAGAAGCAUCAAAAAAUGGGAAUUUAAUUCCUCUGUGUGAAACCAUUUUCUCGGAUCAGUUGACACCAGUGCUGGCUUAUCGGUGCUUGGUUAAGGAAGAUGAUCGAGAGGCACCAAGCUUCCUUUUUGAAUCGGUCAAGCCUGGUCAUCGCACAACCACUGUCGGGCGAUACAGUGUGGUAGGGGCGCAGCCGACUAUGGAAAUUGUGGCGAAAGAAAAUGAGGUUACACUAUUAGACCAUGAAUCUGGAAAAAUGACUGAGUGGGUUGUAGAGGAUCCACUGACGAUUCCAAGAAGUAUUUCUAAGGAUUGGAAACCACAGCUGAUUGAAGAACUUCCUGAUGCAUUUUGUGGUGGAUGGGUUGGGUUUUUCUCAUAUGACACAGUUCGUUAUGUGGAGAAGAAAAGGCUGUUAUUCUCAAACGCACCAAUGGAUGAUAGAAAUCUUGCAGACAUUCAUCUUGGACUCUACGAUGAUGUAAUCGUGUUUGAUCACGUAGAGAAGAAAGUGUAUGUGAUUCAUUGGGUCCGAUUAGAUAGAUUCUCGUCUGCUGAGAAGGCUUACAACGAUGGAAUCACCCGCUUGGAACAAUUGGUGUCCAGAGUAAAAGACACUGAUCCUCCAAGACUAUCUCCCGGUUUCGUCAGCCUCCAACCUCACAGUUCUAAACUCUCUUUAAACAAGAAUAACAUGACAAGUGAAGAAUACAAGAAUGCUGUUGUACAGGCAAAGGAGCAUAUUUUUGCUGGGGAUAUUUUCCAAAUUGUUUUAAGUCAACGCUUUGAACGAAGAACGUUUGCUGACCCAUUUGAAAUCUACCGAGCUUUGAGAGUUGUGAAUCCAAGUCCAUACAUGAGUUAUAUGCAGGCUAGAGGGUGUAUUUUGGUAGCUUCAAGCCCUGAAGUUCUAACGUGUAUCAACAAGAAAAAGAUUGUUAACCGACCCUUGGCUGGAACAAUUAAAAGAGGGAAGACAACCCUUGAGGAUGAGAUGUUAGAAAUGAUGAUGCUAAAGGAUGAAAAGCAAUGUGCGGAACACAUUAUGCUGGUUGAUUUGGGCCGAAAUGACGUUGGAAAGGUCUCAAAAGCUGGUUCUGUUAACUUGGAAAAGCUUAUGACUGUUGAACGAUAUUCCCAUGUCAUGCAUAUCAGCUCUACGAUCACCGGGGAGUUGCUUGAUCAUCUAACUUGCUGGGAUGCACUGCAGGCUGCAUUGCCUGUGGGAACAGUUAGUGGAGCACCAAAGGUGAAGGCCAUGCAGUUGAUUGACCAGUUAGAACCAACAAGACGAGGACCUUAUAGUGGUGGCUUCGGAGGAAUUUCAUUUAUAGGAGAUAUGGAAAUUGCCUUGGCACUAAGAACAAUGGUAUUCUCAACAAGACCUCCUUAUGACACAAUAUAUUCGUCCAAGGGUCACGCCAACAGGCGGCUAGAAUGGGUUGCUCAUAUUCAAGCUGGAGCUGGAAUUGUGGCUGAUAGUGAUCCUCAUGAGGAGCAGAUAGAGUGUGAAAGAAAAGCUGCAGGACUUGUUCGUGCCAUUGAGCUGGCAGAAUCAGCAUUCGUAAAGGAAAACCCAGCAAAGAUUGACAGUGCAUUAUCAUCCGAAUCAUCUGUAUCACAAUGA